AUGCCCCCCGCCCAUCCCCGCUCCGGCAACCCUCCCUACCCGUCCGCGUCCGCCCCCGCCUCCUCGCCCCCGUCCUCCUCCCCGUCCUCCUCCUUCCCCGCCGCCGACCCCCCCGCGCCCCGCCUGCCCCACGCCCACGCCCACGCCCACGCCCACCCUGCAGCAGCAGCAGUAGCAACCGCCAGGGAUCGGCACCCCCGGCUCCAUCAGUCCCCGUCCACGAGCGCCCACCCGCAACAUCCUCCCCCCACCUGGUUCUUCCCCUCCUCCUCCACCUCCUCCACCUCCUCUCCCCCCUCCACUUCCCUCCCCCACUCCGCCUCCACCACCACCAGCACCACCGCCGCCGCCGCCGCUGCGUCCGCGUCCGCCUCUGCCUCCACCCCGACCUCCAUCUCCUCCUCCACCCUCGCCUCCUCCUCCUCCGCCUCCGCCCACUCGCGCUCCAACUCCGCCCAGGCCCAGCCCCAUCCUCCGCCCCAGCCCAUGAUCGGCCCCCCGCCCUCCUUCUACGACCCCGACACCGCCGCGCCCCAGCCCCCCGCCCCCGACUACGCCCAGUGGCUCGCCGAGCACUACUCCCCCAGCACCGCCCACCACCAGUACCCCGCCUUUGCACAUGCCGCCCCACAGUCGGGCCCCUACGAUCCCCAUCAGCAGCACCUCCAUCUCCACCAGCAGCAGCAGCAGCAGCAACAACUCCAUCAGCAGCAUCAGCAGCCGCUGAUGAACCAGUACCAGUUCGUCGCCUCCCAUCCCCACCCCGGAAAAGACGACGCGGACCCCGGCGCCUACGCCGCCUAUUUUGCCCCCGCUUCCGCACCCGCGUCCGCGUCCGCGUCCACCGCCGCCGCCGCCGACACCGGCCUCCCCACGCGCUUCGUGCAUCAUCCCCAGUCCCAUCAACAGUCGCACCAACAGCAGCAGCAUCACCAACAGCAGAUCCAGCACGCGAGACAGGCACAUCACCAGCACCAGCACCAACAACAACACCAACAACAGCACCACCAACACCAACAACAGCAGCAGCACCACCAACAACAACAACAGCAGCAGCAGCACCAGCAGCGCUCGCGCGGCGCGGAGGCGCUGCAGGAGUACGACGGCGCGGGCGAUCAGCAGCUGUAUUACCUCCUGAACGGCGGGUACGGACCCGCCCCCGCAUCUGCAUCCGCCGGCGGCGGCGGGUCUGGGCCGUCUGGGUCCGGGUCCAAUGCCGGCGCGACGCCGCAACAGCACCAACAACACCAGCAUCAGCAACAACAACGCCAGCAGCAGGGCGCGUACACCCCGCACUCGGACGCAGGCACGCUCACGACGCAGCCUUCGACGACGUCCGUGGCGUCUGCGGCGUCGGCAGCGUCCGUAGCGUCCGUAGCGUCCGCGUCGGUGUCGCCCGUGUGGGGUGCCAUGGCGCUCGGGGGGAGCCCCGGCGUCGGGCUGGGCAUCAGCUCUGGCGUCGGCGUCGGCGUGGGGCUGGGCGGUGUUGGAGGCGGGACGCUGACGGUGCCGUCGAUGGGCCCGUCGGGGUCGGGGUCGGGGUCGAGCGUCGCGUCGACCGCGGUGGGCGCGAUGGGCGCGGCGAGCGCGAUUGGGGCGGAGGCGGCGUUUCGGCCUGGGGUGGGGAAGCGCGGGAGUGGAGGGGCGGGUGGGGGCGCGGCGGGUGCUGGUGCGGGUGCGUCGGGUGCGUCGGGUGCGGGCGCUGCGGGAACGAGUGGAGGGGCGGGUGCCGGUGCGUCGGGUGCAGGAGCGGGAGGGGGAGGGGGGACGGGAGCGGGUGCAGGGAGGCCGCGCGGGGCGGGGGCGGGGGCGGGGGCGGGGAGGGUGCCGCCUAGGAAGAGGCUGCGCGUGGAUGUGAGGGAUAGCGAGACGGAGGAUGAGGAUGAGGGGAUGGGCGGGGGCGGGCAGAUGCAGGUGCAGGUGCAGGUGCAGGGGAUGGGCGGGAUGGGUGGGAUGAGUGGGAUGGGUGGGAUGCAAGGGAUGGGGAUGGGGAUGGGGUUGCCGCAGAGACUGUGA